GCCAAUGUUGUGCCGCGUUUCCAGACGGAGAAAUCGCCUGUGAGCUGCCCAUACGGCGCCUGCAACUACUCGGAGGAGCAGGGGUUGAAGUUGUCGGACGGGUUUGAGUUAAAGGAGCAUCUGUUCAAAGCUCACGAGAAGGAUAUAAUUGUUGGAGGCUUUCAUUACUGUCCAUACAAGUCUCAGGGAUGCGAUUCGGGGCCGAUGAAGCAACAUAUCGCAAUGGACACACAUUUCAAUCGGCACUUCGAGCUGCGACCUCACAAGUGCUCUCAUACGAAGGCAGAGCCAGGAAGCCUUCCAACGGAGGCCCCAGAACCGUGUACUUUCAGCUCCCCUGAUCCUUCGCACCUCAGCAAGCACCGCAGAAAGCAUAGCGACUUGUACAUGACCCUCAAGGCCACCAAGGCGAAACAAGGAUACGUCUCUGCCCCUGGGUCGCCUGCAUCUACGUUCUCGUUUGAAGAGACACCGGCGCUCUCAGAUGCAUCGAGCUUUCCACCAUCACCGGGACCCGACACACCAGCCUCAAGCGACUGGACCCUAGAGGGUUCUCCGUUUCCUAUCACACAUAACCUCGCCCCGAUGCAGAGCACUCCCCCAGGCGUCUCAAACGCCGCCUUAGAGGAGGAGACUGUCGCUUUCGAAGCGUACCCAUACCACGUGACUGAGCCCCGCUUUGCCCCCGUACACGCUCCUGCGCAUGCUCCUUUGCAAUAUGGCGGUUUCGCGGUGGCGACCGUCCACGACGGCCCAGCGGCCGUACACCAACAAUUCCAGCAGUUUGAGCAGAGAUCGCUAUCGUUACAACCUCAUGCUCGGCAAGUCUCCGCUCGCUUUUCGUCCACGAGCGUCCCAAACUCGAACGCCACUACUUUCACGUCGCUGCCGCAAUACAUCGGGGUACCCUCAGUCUCUGUCCCGUUGACCAUGUCGCAUGGCCAACUCGUUCGCCAGAAGCGGUCAACGUGUGGUACUCGGUACGCACGAUAUUAUAUUCCUUCCGCGCCGCGCGUGGGCUACCCGAUGCCCGUCGCCGACUGUACCGCCGCUAUUGACGCCCUACCUACCGUGAAGGUCACACCUCCCAGUCCCGAGAUUCUGCCCAAUUCGAACCCCGAAACCUUUCAGGAGCCCUAUCCCGAUUUCCCCUUCGACGCCGACGCCAGUGCCAGCUACUACACUUACCGCAACCUCGCUUGCAACACCGGUUCCUACCACGACUUUAAUGCUUCUGCCACCCCCAACUACACGACUUUUUCUUCGAACGUCAGCGCGAACCACGCUCAUGACUUCAGCACGAACGUCGCGUUCGCUGCCACUCACGCUUCCAACUAUCCCUUCAACGCACACCCUAACCCCGGCUUCGACGCCAACCUCGUUUCCGGCCUCGACGCGGGAGGAACAUGGCCUGCAUGCCCUCUCCUGGAGUCCAGUUACGCGGCAGGCACAAACGCGAUGGCCGCAGAGGUCGCGCCCCAGUACCGGCCCUGCAACGAGUACCCGAUGAACGCACAGCGGUACGCCCCGCAGGACGUGCUGUUCACGCACGCACUGGGGGACGCGCAACAUAUGAUGCAGCAGAUGCCGUUCGAGAGCCUCCCCGAGCUGGACCCGCUGGGGCUGGCACUCGGACCGCUCGGCGACAUUAUGACCUACCAGGGCGGGCCUGGUCUUUUGGACGGGGCUCCUGACUUCUUGUGACCAUAACGCACGAUGCUGCGGCGCGUACCUCGGUCGUGUCCGCCGCCACUGCACGUUCCAAGCUCGAUCGUCGCUCUUCUUCCAACCGCUUUAUAAUGCUGCUUUAUGGUGCUACCAGUCUCGCUUGUCUUGUUGCGCGCCAUUUUUUUUUUCGUUCUGCGCGCGUUUCGAAGUUGACAUCUUAUAUUGCUCUUCACACUCGUAUCUCUAACGCGUACCACGCUCGUUUUGUGAUUCCUUUCGUGCCGGUCAUGUUUGUAUAUCGGGACAGUGGAAUCUCUAGGCCUACGUUUACUACACUAGAAGUAUACCCCCUCAUUGCGUACUGAUUCUAUACCCAAACACAGCUGUUGUACUAACCACAUGCACAUGUUUCCUUGUGUAUCUGUCUCAUGUAUCUAGUCGUGCAUCGCCUAUCUGGUGAUGUAUGCCCCCUCGUUAUAUCAUAAUAUAGAGCGUGUACAGGAUAU